AUGUGCUUCUCACACAACCUGACGAGAGUCACUCACACAUCGCAGCAUGAAGUUAAUGUCUUAUAUGGGGUCAAAGACCUCUCAGAAUCCUUUGUGGAUAUCCUUAACACUGCCAAAGUUAAAACUGUGAAUGUUUCCAGUUCAACUGAAGGUAUCACCCCAAAGGUUCGUGUCACACUACAAUAUGAAAACUCAAAUCAAUUCAAGUUUAUUGAUAAAAGUAAUGAUAUUAAAACUCUGAAAAGAACAAUGAAUGACAAUAUUCUACCUUUUACUGCCCAUACACAGGGUAGAAACCAAAUGUUUUAUCUGCCUGCCAAAGGCCCCAUUAUCAACUCCAGGGUAGAUUAUCAUUCUUUUGGCAUUCUUGAAGAUGUUGGUGCAUCUGUCUCGCCCACAAGUACAAGAUCCUCACAGAAGGAUGUGAUAUCUGUGCAUGUUCUUUUUUCUGGCGAGGUCGUAUGUGGUGUGCUAAUUCCAGCCGGGCUGGUGGUAUCGUGUGUGUUCCUGAUGGUGACGCUGCUGUCUCACCUGUGUGUGCCGGCCCUCAGAGAUCUACACGGGUUGUGUCUAGCUGCCUAUGUGUCUGCCCUGCUGCUGGCCGAUGCCACACUCUUUGUGACACAAGUGUUCUCUCGAUUACUUGCCCCAGCUGCCUGUAUCUCUCUGGCCGUAAUCCUCCACGUCACCUUCCUCUCUGCCUUCUUCUGGCUUAACGUCAUCUGCUAUGAUGUCUGGAAGUACGUUGGGCUGUCAGUUCAGGCAGUGUCUUUAUAUCACUCACCAGAUGACUUCUGCUGCUUCUUCGUCUAUGUUGUGUAUGCUUGGGGGUCACCACUUGUGAUCGGGGGUGUGACUGUCAUCAUCCACUCUCUGCCACAGCACAUUGAUUGGCUUCUCAAGCCAGACUUUGUCCACAACAGAUGCUGGUUUAGAGAUGGGAAGGAGAUUUUGGCUUACUUCUAUGGACCUAUGGGCAUCUUGUGUGUGGCCAACACCCUUUUCAUAUCCCACGCUGGCCUCCGCCUCUACUAUGCUGACCAGAAGUGUGACUGUCUUGGCAACUGCAGGAGCCCAGACCACACCCUCUACCGUACACACAUGAUGGAGUUCUGGCAGCGGUUCACCUUGUUUGCAGUGAUGGUGGUGUGCUGGGUGAUGGAGGUCAUCUCCUGGAUGGUGGGUCCUGCAGACUCUGAACUCUGGGCCUUAACUGACACCCUGAAUGCCUUUCAAGGAGUAUUCAUCUUCAUGAUGUUCUUGAGGAGCAACAAGAAGCGACGACUGCUGCUGGAAACAUUACUGCGGUGGUCAGAGAAUGCGCGUCUCACCCACCUACAUUUUCCUCUGUGUAUCAGUCCUACGCCUCUAUUGCACCAGUUAAGAAAUUUAGCAGUACUAUCACCUUUUAUCAGAUGCUUCAGCAGAUCAUAUCUUAUGAGUCAACAAGUCCUCAGUAAUAUCAUCAAGGGCAAGACAAAGACAACACAAAGCUUCAAUAAAGAAAUUGAAAAUGAAGUGUCUGACAUGAAAAAUGACACGAAGCAACAUGUUUGUGACAAGAACUUCAACAAGAAUUUCAACCCUAUCUGGACAUUACCACAGUGGAAAUCUCGCUGGUCCAAGACUUACUUUCCUAAAAACUUUGGCAAUAAUGACCAAAAUUGUAAUGAGCUACAAGAAGAAAUGGUAUAUGAAAACCACACAGACCCCCUUAACUUGUUCUCAAAUUAUGAGGAGGAACUGACUGCACCAGAUACCUCCAUGGAGCAGCGUUCGUCAUUCACUAACUGGAGCAUCCUGCGACUGAAGACAGGUUCCAUGGAUCUGGCUGUAGGUGAGAACACUUGUGGUGAUGUUGAUGGUGGUGAAGUGGUGUGCCAAAACCUCAAAAGGAAAGACCUUUAAAACCUUCAUAAUAUAAAGACAACUGGUGCUGACAUCUGUGUAGCACACUGCAAUGAUCAAGACUUUACAAAAAAUUUUUUUGAAAGACUACUGUCAUGACAGACCACAUUCAAAAUUAAAAAACUAUAAAAAAUAAUUGACGAGCAAGCCUUUGUAGCACAAUAACUGAUACAAUAUGAGGCCAAAACUAUAGACUAAGCUCCAUGGGAAAAUGGAGGAGAUACCUUCCUCCAUAAGCCAUGCAUGUCGUAAUGGACUCAAUACUGGGAGCAAGGGGCUAGUAACCCUUUUUCCUCUAUGAAUGACUAAAUGUAAUAAGAAUUUAAACUUUUAUUUCUUUUCUUUGGGUCCCUUGUGGCUUAGCACUUCUUUUUGAUUAUAAUAAUAAUAAUAAUAAUUUUCUUUGGGUCACCCUGCCUCAGUGGGAGAUGGCCAGUGUGUUAGAAAAAAUAUAAAACCUAUAGAUUAAGGAAGAAGUGUUUCACAAGCAGAGGAUCAGAACAAAUGGGAAAUUUUAAAACCACCAUGAAUCUAAAAAGAUUACAAUAGACUAAGUAUUGAAGAUAUUCCUCAGUAAACCAAGCUCUGUUCCUGUAGCUAUAAAUAGAUAGGUGAAGACAAAUAAUAGGAUAGGCUCAGUUUACAUUCUAUUUGACUGUUCGUUAGCAUAAUACACAAGUUAUUAUUUUUUAACACGAUGGACAUCUCCCACCAAGGCAGGGUGCUUCGAAAAAGAAGAAACAAAAGGUUUCCUUCUUUUUACAUUUAGUAAUGUAUACAGGAGAAGUUACUAGUCCCUUGCUCCAGGCAUUUUAGUCACCUCUUACGACAUGCAUGACUUACAGAGGAAAGAUUCAUCUACACUUACCCAUGCAGUUUUUAUAUUACUAUUAUAUUCAUGGGGAGGUAUUAUAUCUGUAAGGUAAUCAGGUAUGAUCUAAGGAGGGAGAGGAGGGGACUAAUUUUUUAUUAUUAACACAUCAGCCAUUUACCACCAAGGUAGGGUGGCCCCAAAAAGAAAAACUUGAUCAUCAUUCACUCCAUCAGUCUUGCCAGAGGUGCACUUACACUACAGUCAUAAAACUGCAACAUUAACACCCCUCCUUCAGAGUGUAGGCACAGUACUACCCACCUCCAGGACCCAAGUCCGGCCUGCCGGUUUCCCUGAAUCAUUUCAUAAAUGUUACCUUGCUCAUAUUCGAACAGCACAUCAAGUCCUAAACACCAUUUGCCUCCACUCCUAUAUAACAUCCUCACACGUGCUUACUGGAAGUCCAAGCCCCUCACACACAAAACCUUUACUCACUCCCUCCAGCCUUUCCUAGGCUGACCCCUACCCCACCUUCAUUCCACUACAGAUUUAUACAUUCUCCAAAUCAUUCUGUUUUGUUCCAUCCUCUCUAAAUGUCCAAACCACCUCAACAACCCCUCCUCAGCCCUCUGGAUAAUACUUUUAGUAACCCCACACCUCCUCCUAAUUUCUAAACUAUGGAUUCUCUGCAUUAUAUUCAUACCACACAAUGCCUUCAGACAUG